AUGUCCUACAGCAGCGAGCCGUGCGGCGUGAGGUGCCCGCAGCCCAUCGCCGAGAGCUCCAACGAGCCGUGCGUGCAGCAGUGCCCCGAGUCCCGCGCGCUGAUCGUGCCCCCGCCGGUGGUGGUGACCCUGCCGGGCCCCGUGCUCAGCACCUUCCCUCAGGACAGCGUUGUGGCAUCGACGGGCCCAGCCUGGCUGGGGCCUUCCUUCAGUUCCCGCAGCUCCCAGGGGGGCUCCUUUGGGCUGGGAGGUUCUGGGGGCUCCCUGGGUUAUUUGGGGGGUUCCUCUGGUUACGGGGGCUCCUUUGGGUCUGGAGGCUAUGGGGGCUCCCAAAGCUAUGGGGGCUCCUUUGGGUCUGGGGGUUAUGGGGGUUCCCGGGGUUAUGGGGGCUCCCUUGGGUGGGGACCUUAUGGAGGUUCCCAGUGCUAUGGGGGCUCCCAGGGCUAUGGGGGCUCCCUUGGCUACGGCCGUUCCCUGGGGUACGGAGGUGACAGUGGCUAUGGGGGCUCCUUUGGGGGCUAUGGGGGCUCACUGGGGGGCUAUGGGGGCUCCCUGGGGGGCUAUGGGGGCUCCUUUGGCAACUGUGGGAGGUCCUACAGCUCCGGCUUCUCCUCGCGGGGCCUGGGCUAUUCCCUGCCCGGCUCCUGGGGAUGGGGCAGGUCCCGCCGUGGCAGCUGCGGUGUUUUCUGAAGCCCCCCUGGCAGUGGCAGCCCCCAGAGGCAAUGGCAGCCCUGGAGCCCUGCCCGGAGCCACGGGCAGUGGCAGCUGAGUGUGCCCAGGAGGGCCGGGUGUGCCCUGAGCCCUCCAUGCCCUGGGAAUGCCCUGAGCCCUCCAUGCCCUGGGGAAUGUCCUGAGCCCUCCAUGCCCUCUCUGU